GGUAAUUUUCUGAAGAAAAAAAAAAUUAGAAAGAACCCGACAAUGCAUACAGUUAUUUUCUAAUUUAUCAAUGCUAGAUAUUUAGAUCUAUUUUUAGUUUUUUUUCAGUUAUUUUACUUAUAAAAGGUCAGAAAAGAAGUUUGCUUUAUUUAUAUCCCAGACCAUUCGAAUCACAAGUUUAGAAUUUAUCGAAUUCCAGUUUCGAAUGUUUCGUUUAUUUAGUGAUUAAGAUAGUUGGUAAAAGACUGUGCACGUAGAAAACGGAAGAAUUGAUAGAUAAGAAUAGAAUAUAAAAGAAUAGUUUUGUAAAUAGAAAACUGAAAAGUAUAGAUGGAACAAUGGCUUCAAACAUGGAAUCUUCAUACACGUCAGUCUGGUAGAUAUAAUUAUUCUAUUAUUGCAUGAUAUGAAAGAAUUGAUUGAAAGUGAAAUCAAUCCUGGCGACAAGUAUCCGUCUUUUUUUUAUAAGAUUUCUUAAAUUAUCUCAGAAGCGAGGAUGAGGUGUUCUUAAUAUUUUCUUCACUUCGACCUGCGUAAACAUUGAAUUCUCAUUAGAAAAGAUUCAAAAAAAAGAAACUUUGGACAUACGAGCCUCGUGAUUUUCUAAACAUUUUGGUUUUUUUUAAAAGAAGCCGAAACAAACAACAAAAAAAGCCGUUGUAACAGUUGCCGAUGAUACCGAUGUCGCAAUGAUGCUUCUAUACCAUUGGCAAGAACAUCAUGGAGAUGUUUACUUCUUUCAAGAGAGGUUGGAUAAAGCCUGGAACAUGAAAGUUGUCUGUCAGAAAUGGAACCCUAUCCGACAGCAUAUUCUUUUUGUACAUUCGUUUUCCGGCUGUGAUACAACAUCGGCACCUUUUGGAAAGGGAAAAAAUAACUUGCUGUCAUUGGUCAUAAAGAACAAAACAUUGCAGAUUGUCUCAGACACAAUGGGUGAUGUUUGGGCAGACAACAGAGAUGUCGAAGAAGCUGCCAUCAAAGCGUUUCAAAUCAUUUAUGGUGGUAACGACUUGACUGAUUUAUGCAAACUUAGAUACCGGAAAUAUCUCGAUAUGUGUUGGAAAGGAAAAAUUGAUCCUGAAAAGAUGCCACCUACGGAAAGUGCUGCUAUUCUACACGGUUUUCGAGUUCAUCUACAGAUAAUGAAUUGGAAGAUAUUAGAGGAAGAAGAGCUUAAGCAAAUUGAUCCAAGCAAAUGGGGCUGGAAAAUUAAAAAUUCUCAAAUGAUGCCAAUAAAGACAGAUAAACAAGUCGCCCCUGAUAGCCUCCUAAAAAUCAUUAAAUGCAACUGCAAGGCUACUUCGAAGUCACCCUGUUCAACAAAUUGUGUUCAUGCAGAAAACAUGGUCUGAGCUGUAUGCAGUCUUGUGGAAAAUGUCACGGUGAAACAUGUGAAAAUAAAGAGGUAUUCGAUGGUGAUAGUAACGUCGAAGAUGAUUUGGAAGAUGAAGAAGAGAAUAGAAACAUUUUUGAUAUAUUUGAUGCAUUUUGAUUUUACAUAAUUUGUAUACAAAUAUUUACUUUUUUAAGAUGAAAACUAUUAAAGAAAGUCCAUGA